AUGAUCCGAUAUCUGCAGCAACUUCUUUGCUUUUCUUCGCACCCGAAACGCUCCAAGGAUACCAAAACACCGCUUGAGGGUACUUCAGAAAACGCCAAUCUGAUCAGAUCUAUUCAAAAGAAGGCCCUGAGGGCACGUCUUCCGAAUAUCAGGACAUCAGAGCAUGCAGUUGUCACGGUAGUGAGUCCUUUGGUGGCUCCUUCUAUCGGUACAAAUAACAUUUGUACUGCUACAUACCACCGAAAUGCAGAGACCACCGUCUCAUUCAGCUCAGCCAACAUUGACAGCUCGCCCUCAUACCAGAAAGUCAAUAUCGGGUCAUCCGCCACGCCAUUCGAUAACGACGGCACACCGUAUGUCCCGAUUCUGCAGGCAGAUGGCACACUGAGACCGCCACAGAUCUCAUACAGUGGCUAUGGAUCCUACGGGGGCCGGUUCAUUCCUGAAUCUAUUGUGGGUUUCCUGCACGAUCUGACCUCCUUCUUCGAGGUCACUGUCUCAGAUCCCUCUUUCUGGGCCGAGUAUGCCACAUUCCAGCGGCCCCAGCCCACACCUCUGCAGAUGGCGAGCAAGCUCACGACCCUUGUAGGUGGUGCAACCAUCUGGCUUAAGCGAGAAGACCAGAAUGAAUACGGCAGCCACAAGACUCGCAAUAUCAUCGGCCAGCUGUUGCUAGCGCGGCGGAUGGGCCGUAUUGAGAUCGUCACCGACUGUGCAUCGGCCAAACACGGUAACUUCACUGCGGUGAUGUGUGCACGUUUGGGUCUGCGUUGCGUCGUCAUCAUGGGUGCUGAUGACGCUCAGGCUCAAGAAGAGGACGUCCUCGAAAUGAAAAUGCUCGGCGCCAAAAUCUUGACUGCUCGGACUCCUUCGGGCAUGAGUUCGCUGCGUGCUGCAAUCACAGAAGCACUCCGCUAUUUGGUUUGCAACUUCGAGACUACAUACUACCUGAUGGGAGGUCCAGUGGGUCCCCACCCCCUGCCAACCCUCACUCGCACGUUCCAGGCACUCCUAGGCGAGGAGGUUGCGGUCCAAUUGCAAGGAUUGACAGGCUGCCAGCCCGACGCUGUCGUCACAGCCGUUGGUAGCGGUAGCGGUGCCGUGGGCUUGUUUAGGCCCUUUUUACAGAGCCCCGCCAUUCGCCUUGUUGGUGUUGAAGCAGCCCAAGCCGCAACUUUGACUGAGGGGGAACUUGGCGUCCUUCAGGGUGCUCGCACGCUCAUGCUUCAGAACGACGACGGCCAACUUCUCGAUUCCCAUUCGAUCUCACCAGACAUGAAUAUCUCCACCGUGGGGCCUGAGGUGGCCCAUUGGAACAGCAUUGGCCGUAUUGAAAUCUCGACUGCCUCAGACGCGGAUGCCCUGGACGGAUUUAAAACUCUCCAGCACCACGAGGGGUUUCUAGCUGGCCUGGACUCGAGUCACGCGGUGAACAAGGCAGUUAGCAUGGCCAAGGAGCUUGGGCCGGGCAAAAACCUCGUUCUGUUGGUGACAGGCUGUGAUGGUAUUGGCAUGCAUGGCCUGCUGGAUGUUUGA